UACUGUCCAAGUUGGAAAUUUUUUGGCAGUAGAUUUUUGUCUCCUUCCGCUGAGAGAUUAUUUGCCCCCAGCCAUAUCCUCUAGUGUCUCUCUGCUCUUACAUGCUCCAUUCUCAACUGAAAAAUCGCUUUGGCAUACCCAUAGUUUAAACAGACUCAAUGAAGCUGAUCACUGCCAAUUUUUUGACCUGUGCCGUCAAAGGGUGCAAGGCAUCACCGGAGUCGUUCCCACUUCAUUUUAGGGAUGCGGAGCUUGAGCUGCAGGAGAUUGAUUUUCAACCCGAUUUUAUCCGUAACAUUGUCCCUCGGAUUGAUUGGCAUGCGUUGCAGACAAUGGCAAAUGAGCUUGGGUUCCCCAAAAUCAUGGAUAAGAAGCCCGAGGGCGAUGAGCUCAGGGAUGAGCAAAUAUUAAAGGAGCUUCAUCGACUAUUAUUGGAAACGCAAAUUCUUGAGGGAAAAUUGACUUGUGGUCAUUGUGGGCAUGAAUACUUGAUCAAAGAGGGGAUUGCAAACUUCCUUCUACCAAGUCAUUUGGUUUAAAUCUUCUGCAUAUACUGUUCCAUUACGUGCGGCAGGCUGAGUGUCAGGUUACAAUAGCAUGGAAGAUCUUGUUCCCUGUCCUUGCCUCAUUAGUAUAUCAGAUACUUUCCCGGAAAAAGUUCCGUGUUACAUGUUACAAUCCCCGCAAGCGUCUUUUGUGUCUGCCCGAAUAGCAUAUAUCGUAAAGAAGCUUGUGUGACGAAGAGCCAAGUGGUGAAAGCUAUAUGGUACAUGGUUGUUGCAGUUGAUUCAGAAAUAAUAUGAAAUACAAAGCAUUGCCGUGAUAGGAACCGCAUACAACAAUGGAAACGAGAAAGCAGAAAAUCACGCAUGGGCCAGUUUAUGUGAACAGUUGUUAACCCAAGCCUCAGCCAAGACGCCAUAAUACCAACGCUGCAUCUGUCAAACAAGUCCGGAUAUUAUGCUAAGUUGAGCGAAAGAAAUGGAACAUAAAGAGGGGGCAACAGAGGCCGGCAGACGGGUGAGAUAUCCUGUGUGCAGAGAACAUGCGCCUGGGCAUCUCAGUUAAGGAACCCUUUGCACCCGGUUGAGCCACAAAGGCAUGGGAUCCUAUCAUCGCUAUCCCACUCUCUUUCAAAUUUGUAGUCAUACGUCAGCUCCUCAUCUGCAGAGAUUAGUAAGUCAACUUGUACACCCAUGGGGAUAUUAUGUGUUUUUGUCAAACUCACCUCUCUCGAUGUCUCUCAAAGCA